AUGCAGGCACUGUACCAGUUGUCAGCGAGUGCCGCACCACAGGCUUUUCAAAGCCCUGGACAGCCGGCUAGCGUUGCUGCUAUGAAGCAGUUCAUGCAGUCUGGCGUCUCACCGGUCCUCUUGCAGCAGAUCCAGGUCGCCCAGCAACAACAGCAGCAGUUUGUGGCCGCUUCUGCAGCAGCGGCUGCAGCAGCAGCAGCAGCAGCGCAUCAGCCCAGUGCUCUGCUGACAGCUCCUGUAGUGGGUGCGGGCUGCGAAAGCGAGAAGCAACAGCAGCAGGAAGAGAAGCUGGCGCGCGAGCAGUACGACCUGCAGGUGCAAAUGCAGCAAAUGGCUGCCGUUGCCGGGAUCGGCCCACAGCUUCCGCCACAGCCGCCUGUUACGGUCUGUUGA